UAUUCCUGUAGCUUCAUUAUGGAAGAGAGUAACUCAAAAAGAGAAAUCACGAUGACUAUUUUGAAUGACUCUUGUUUGAUGUAAAAAAAGUAAAAAAUUUGUUAGUGGCAUAAACAAUAAUAAGUUUCAGUGUCUCACCUCAGUCAGUAGCUCCACCAUCUGAGGACAGUGAUGCCAUGAGAAAAACGUUAUGGCCAUAUUUACAGUUGUUUCCAAUAUAUUUUAUUCUGGACUAAAGUGGCCAACAAACACACACAGACAAAAGGGUGGAUGGGCGUUGUCAUGCCUACGGCUGUUUCAUUAGUGUGUGUAACGAUUGUGGUGCGUGCAUGUGGCUGGAGAAGCAGAUCAGUGUGGUCAGAAGAAAACUAAAACCAGUGACCCAUGUGCCAGCUUAGCCUGAGCCAGUUCAUUAUUUCAGCCUAUCAGGAACUCCUGUAAUUCCACCAGGAGGUAACAAAGUGAUAACACUUUGGAUCGCUGUGAUUGGACGAUUAAACAGUUAUUCUGAAUACGAACAAACAUUAGUAUCAUAAAGACCACUCUGUUAUGUUACUGGUACAACGACCUCUAACAGACAAAGCAGUUAAAUGACACUCAGAAACACUAAAUUCAUUGUUCUUAGAGCUGCAUUCUGGGAAAUCUUGAGAAGGAGGAACCAUGCUACAUGCUCAUCUGCGACACAAAGUAUAAUCUAUUGUUAUAUAUUUCAUCCCCUUUCUGUGUGUGGUAUCUUGUGAUGCUUUCUGUCGGCUCAUGCUGCCUGUUGGAUGCUGUAGGUGUGUGUGGCACUUUGAGGGUGAUUUGUCUUUCUUCUCUUGCUCAGCCCCACCUACGACUCCACCCAUGAAUGCCAGAUUGCCUACAGACCUCAAAUGUCACAUGUGAGUCGCUUUUAGUGACUCAUGAGUCACUGACAGGGCAGGAAACACUGCCCCCAUGUACGGACCUGCAGCAGGUCAGAAUAUACUCCCAUUACUGGAAUGUGCUUCUAUUAUUUUCACUUCCUAGUUGCUGUCUGCAUUGAUUCAUCCCCAGCUUUUGCUGUAUGUAGGCUCUGUUGGAGUUUCCUAUGUAUUUGGACAAUGGGAAAACAAUUGUGAACUGCAUGAACAAAGCAUAGGCUAUAAGCUUUUUUUUUUUUUUUACUGACAUUCCAUUAAAGAUUUGAUGAAGAUCUGGUCACUGGAAACUUGGCUCCGUUGUUAAAGACCCGGGACCUGUUGCACAAAACACCUUAAGUUUUCUACUUAAGUUUUAAGUAUUAAGUUUAAGGUGUAAUUUUUCCUUAGCUGAGGGAGAAACUUAAGGAUGUUACACAGAAUCUCUUAAAAGUUUUCCUUAAGUAAUUUACAGCAAUGAAAGAUUUUACAGCAGUAAAAUUCUACUGUUUCCAUGGAGACUGUUGAUUUGUUUCCAUUUGCACUUGUGAUACCUGUUAUCACUUUUGGGAAGCUGGUAACAUUAAAGAAGUGCGCCGCUAUCUCAUCCUCCUGGUGUUGCUAAGGUCUUCUGUGCAACGGUUUAACUGACUUGAAGUGAUUUCUGAAAUUUUACAUUAAGAUAAGGAGAAAAGCUUAAAUACUUAAGGGAACAUUUUAAGGAGCCCUUAAGGAGAAGACUAAAAGGUGAUUGGUGCAACUGGCCUUCUGUGUCCUGUAUUAGACAGCAGAAAAACACUUUAUUUUUAUCCAGCAUUACUCACUAUCUUUAAAACAAAUAUUAUCUGGAUGUUUUCUUCAUUGAUGCCUCAGGGAGUUCAAAUGAAGCCACUGGUAUAAAUAUGAUGUUUACUGAGCAACAGGAAGAGUUUUCAGUGACUCUGUGGUUCUCCACACUCUGAUUAACUGGAUUUCUAGAUAAAAAAAAAAACGCAUGUCAGGUUUAGUCCAACAGACUAAGAACAGAGAGUUUGUUUUCAGUCUUCUAAUGAGAAGUGAACUGAAGAAAACAGUAAAGGCGGUGAAACACAGACUUCAGUGUACUAGGGUCUCGGUCUGUGUUUGUGCACAAUGCUGUUUUAGACAAUGACGUGGCCACAGUCUGAGUAAGAGGACAGAUGAAGCUGCACAGUGUGAAAUGAUGAUGUCCGUGUUGUGAGCAGAGCUUAAACACUUGGUUAACACCGGGGUGAAGUUGCAGCAGAGGCUGCGGGAUCUGUCCAUGGUCCUGAACUCCGGUCUGGAGCCUCAGGACUUGUUCUGUAUUUCCUGGUUCACAUGGCGGGCUGCAUGCUCACAGGUAGACUGACGUGCGGGUGUGUUUAGAGGAUUAUAAGGAGAGCAGUGUUUGGUUUGUGCUGUAACGGAGCUCAGACGGUAAGACAGGCAGAGAGAGAGAGAGAGAGAGUGAGCGAGAGAGAGAGAGAGAGAAGAGGAUGAUGUCAUAGUUUUUAGUCUGUGCCAUGGAAGAAGCAGAUGGCUGCAGCCUUCCGCCACCUUCUCCUUUGCUACGGUUUCCACCUCAAUCUCCAUUCCCGACAUCAGCCUCAGCAUCAGGACUGAUCGAGGGCGAAGACUGACGAACCGCAGGGGCAGAAUCGGCGAGGGGGAGGCCGGAGGAAACAAAGCGGAAACCCGCCUCCUGUCGGCUGGAUGUGAGCGGAUCAUCAACCGAGGGAGAAGCCCGGCGAAGAGGUGAUAUGGACCGAAGCAUCGGGGCGAGCGCGGGGCCAUGUUCAGUCCUCCUUUUUGUCUUUAUUCUGUAUUAUGAGCAGGCGGCAGCGUAGAGGAGCUAGUCCUGCCCAGAAAGGAGGAGGAGGAGGAGGAGAGACACGCAGAAGGGUGUCGACGGAGCGAGGCAGGGGUAGAGGAGAGCAGGAGGGGAGGAAGGGAGCAAAAAUAAUAGAGUAAUAUUAUAGGGUUCUUAUAAUGGCGGCUAAAUCGGACGGGGUCCUGAAGAUGAAGAAGAGUGACGUGGCCUUCACCCCCCUGCAGAACUCGGAGCACUCCGGCUCUGUGCAGGGACUCCACCCGGGCGGCCAGCCCGACUCUGCGGGCACCGGGGACGGGGACUUCGCCAACGGGGAGUCGCGGUGCUGCGGUGGAGGAGGCACCAACUCGACGUGCCUUCGCCUGGGCAGGGAGCAGCAGAAAUACACGGUGUGGGACUGCCUGUGGAUCGUAGCCGCAGUAGCCGUGUAUCUGGCCGAUGUGGGCACCGACGUGUGGCUAUCGGUCGACUACUACCUCCGCCGCGAUUACUGGUGGUUUGGCCUGACGCUCUUCUUCGUGGUGCUGGGCUCCUUCUCGGUCCAGCUCUUCAGCUUCAGAUGGUUCGUCCACGACUUCGGCACCGAGGACGGCGCAGAAUCCGCCGCCGAUUGCUCCCACAUGGACGGGAAUAAGCUCCUGAGCGGCUCGGCCUCGCACGGCGACGUUACCGCUCACCACCACCCGGCCACGCCGCAGAGACAGGCGUCGACCGCCAGCAAGAACACCACGACCAACAGCACGGCGAGCACCGCGGUGGGCAGCAGGAACAGGAAACGGUCGGCCUACUACUCCUUCUGCGUCUGGUUCGGCCAGUCCAUCAUCCACAUCCUCCAGCUGGGCCAGAUAUGGAGGUAUUUCCACACCAUCUACCUGGGCAUUCGGAGCCGCCAGAGCGCUGAGACGGAGCGCUGGCGUUACUACUGGAGGAUGGUCUACGAGUUCGCAGACGUGAGCAUGCUGCAUCUACUGGCCACCUUUCUGGAGAGUGCUCCACAACUUGUGCUGCAGCUGUGCAUCAUCAUUCAGACACACAAGCUGCAGGCUGUGCAAGGUAUGACAGCUGCAGCCUCCCUGGUCUCUCUGGCCUGGGCCCUGGCCUCCUACCAGAAGGCCCUGCGAGAGUCCCGGGACGACAAGAAGCCGAUCAGCUACCUGGCCGUCAUCAUCCAGUUCUGCUGGCACUUCUUCACCAUCGCAGCGCGGGUCAUCACCUUUGCCCUGUUCGCCUCUGUGUUCCAGCUCUACUUUGGCAUCUUCAUCGUGCUGCACUGGUGCAUCAUGACCUUCUGGAUCGUCCACUGUGAGACUGACUUCUGCAUCAGCAAGUGGGAGGAGAUUGUGUUUGACAUGGUGGUGGGCAUCAUCUACAUCUUUUCCUGGUUUAAUGUCAAGGAGGGAAGGACAAGGUGUCGAUUGUUCAUCUACUACCUGGUAAUCUUGGUGGAGAACGCUGCUCUCAGUGCGUUGUGGUAUCUGUACCGGUCGCCUCACACCACAGACGCCUUCGCAGUGCCGGCACUCUGCGUCAUCUUCAGCAGUUUCCUCACUGGGGUGGUUUUCAUGCUCAUGUACUAUGCCUUUUUCCAUCCCAACGGGCCACGCUUUGGACGUUCGCUGAGCGGCCAGGGCCUUGACCUGGACCCCACUGCUCAGUUCUCCACACUACCGUCGGAAGGUGCCACCAACUCACUGCGCUCUAACAGAGGCGCCACCACAACUCUGGAGCGUGACAUGGGGAAGUAUUCUGAGCGGGACGGCUGCAUGCCAGUGUUUCAGGUACGACCCACGGUGCCGUCCACUCCUUCAUCUCGCGCUCCGCGCCUCGAGGAAACCGUCAUCAAGAUAGACCUUUGCAGGAACCGCUACCCGGCCUGGGAGCGUCACGUCCUGGACCGCAGUAUUCGCAAGGCAAUCCUGGCCAUAGACUGCUCCCUGACUCCUCCACGGCUGCAGUACAAAGAUGACGCUCUGGUGCAGGAAAGGUUGGAAUAUGAGACCACUUUAUAA